UGUUGGGCGAACCGCUACAAGCGCAAGCGCAUGAUCGGUGAUAGAGAACCACAUGUUUAGCUAGCUGCGCAAAAUUGAUCGCACUUUGACACUUGACUGAACUCAUCCUGAAUAAUUGCACAUGCGAUGAUUAAUAUCUUGGAUUUUUGAGAGGGAAUCAUUUUGUGAGGCUUUACACGAAUUUUAUUUAGCUUGAAGUAGUUCAUAAUAACAAGAUGUCAGAAGACUGGGAUGCCCCUUCGUCGUCGGGUGGUACCAGCUUUGAAAAGAAAAGUUAUGGUGGAUCAAGUUCAGGAUUUGGAUCUAAAGCCAAUGGGUUUGGCAUUGGUGUUGGACGAGGCCGAGGAAGGGGUCGUGGGUUCCAAUCCUUUGCAGAGCAAGGUGGUGUUGGUGGUCUGACCAACGGUACGACUAACGGUACCAGUAAUGGAGGAGAUAGUGGGUGGAACGAUUCCCCUUCUAAUGGUACCAGUAGCAGUCCUUGGGAUGAUAGCAGUAGUAGUGGAGCUGGCAAGCGUAGCUUUGAGAGCAAGAGUAGCUUUGGUGGUGGAGGCGGCGGAGGACGGGGUGGUCGAGAUAGAGGUGGACGUAGUUUUGGAGAUUCUGAAAAUGGAGGAGGAGGACGUAGUUUCGGCAGACGUGAGGGAGGUGGUGGUGGUGGUAGCAGUGGUGGUGACAGAGCUUGUUAUAAUUGCGGUGAAACGGGUCACAUGUCGAGAGAAUGUCCUACCAAAGAAUCAGGUGGAGGUGGUGGUGACAGGGCUUGUUAUAGUUGUGGUGAAACGGGUCACAUGUCUAGAGAAUGUCCCACAAAAUCGUCAGGUGGAGGUGGUGGUGACAGGGCUUGUUAUAGUUGUGGUGAAACGGGUCACAUGUCUAGAGAAUGUCCCACAAAAUCGUCAGGUGGAGGUGGUAGUGACCGAGCUUGUUACAAUUGCGGUGAAACGGGUCACAUGUCGAGAGAAUGUCCUACCAAAGAAUCAGGUGGUGGAGGUGGCGGUGGUGGUGGUGGUGGUGGUGGUGGUGGUGGUGGGAAUUGCUUUAGAUGUGGAGAAUCAGGCCACUUCGCCAAGGAGUGCCCCAAUCCAGAUACAAGAACUGAAGGUGAAGGUGGAGAAGCCAAGCCACCUGCGUCUACCUAUAUCCCUCCUCCCCCGUCCGAAGAAGAAGAACAGAUAUACAUGAGCACACAGCAGGGUAUUAACUUCAACAGGUAUGAUGAUAUCCCGGUAGAAGUCAGCGGUCGGGACGGGCCCAAACAUAUACGAUCAUUCGAGGAGGCGGGGCUAGACGAGACGGUGUUGGAAAACGUACGCAAGGCCCGUUAUGCCAAGCCGACACCUGUACAGAAGUACGCUAUACCCAUCAUCGGUGCUGGUCUUGAUCUCAUGGCAUGCGCCCAAACGGGUUCCGGGAAGACGGCGGCCUUCCUCCUCCCUAUCAUUACCAACAUGAUCACUCAAUCGGGCUGCGUCAGUUGCUUCAGCGUGGUUCAAGAACCUCUUGCACUCAUCGUGUCGCCUACCCGCGAGCUUGCCAGCCAGAUCCAGAACGAGGCACGCAAGUUCUGCCGCAACACCAGCCUACGACCCGUGGUGAUCUACGGCGGCACCAGCGUUUCGCAUCAGACCAGGGAAGUUCAGAAUGGAUGUUCAAUCCUCGUCGCAACACCUGGACGUAUGCAUGAUUUCAUUGGCAGAGGACAUAUUGGCCUAGGUAAACUGAAGUAUCUGAUUCUUGACGAGGCUGACCGCAUGGUGGACAUGGGCUUUGGUCCCGAGAUCCAGAAGCUCAUUGACCACCCGCACAUGCCUCCGAAGGGUGAGCGUCAGACCCUGAUGUUCAGUGCCACCUUCCCCCCUGAGAUCCAGGAGAAGGCUGGGAUGUACCUCAACGACUAUCUCUUCUUGACUGUCGGCAGGGUAGGAGGAGCUGCCUCUGACAUCGAGCAGAGGGUGCUCUCAGUCAAGCAGUAUGAGAAGCGGGAGAAGCUGAUGGAGAUCCUCAGGGAUCAAAAUGAGGAUGAUCGUACCUUGGUGUUUGUUGAGACGAAGAGGAAUGCAGAUUUCUUGGCUACUCUUCUGAGUCAGUCUGACUUCCAUGCUACAAGUAUACAUGGUGACCGUCAACAGCAGGAGCGUGAAGAAGCUUUGCGAGAUUUCAAGAUCGGCCGUGCACCAAUCCUCGUUGCUACGUCAGUUGCCGCCAGAGGUCUCGACAUCCCAAAGGUCAAGCAUGUUGUCAACUAUGACCUGCCUAGCGACAUUGACGAGUAUGUGCAUCGUAUUGGGCGUACCGGUCGUGUCGGAAACACUGGAAGAUCGACUAGCUUCUAUGAUGCUGACAAGGAUGCUAGCAUUGCCAGGGCUCUUAUCAAGAUCUUGGCUGAUGCUUCUCAAGAUGUACCCGAGUUCCUAGAGGAGGCAGCUGAUUCAGCUAUUGGAACAUACCAUGGUAAUGCCGGUGGAAGCUUUGGAGGCCGUGACACCAGAAAGUUUGGUGGACGUGGAGGUGGAGGAGGAGGAGGAGGGGGCGGCAGUAGUUUCGGUGGAAACUCCGGAGGAGAUGAGUGGGGAUCUGGAGGAGGAGGAGACGGCGGAGGAACUGUGGAUGAAUCAUGGGAUUAGGCUGCCAUGGUGAUCGGAAGAUUAUCUCCCAAGUUUGAUAAAUGCGUUGAUCAGGAGGAGACAUUCAAAUGAGAUUCUUUCCCAAAGAGGACAUUUAUUCAUAAACAUUUGUGUUAAGCAGUGAUGUGAAAGAGAACAAUUCAUUUGGACAUGUUCGAUCCUGAAAGGGCAGCCACCAACCGAAAUCAGAAAGUGUUAAGCAAGGAGGAUUAGAGCUCUUUUGUUUGGAAUAUUGCAUCAGAAUAUUCCCCAGACUUGUUCAC